CUACGACGUCAUCAUUUGGCGCCUGUGUGCAGCCAAAGGACCCCAUCGGAAAGCGAAAGAAACAAGAACAGGAAAGCUACCUUGGCUAUCCAUGUGAAACGCCGAGCGAUUGUUCCAGAGCCACGAUGAAGAGAAGAGUCGAGGCCGCUCCCGGCUUGGCUGCGAAGAAGCGCACUGACCCCAGCAGCUCUGAUGAAGAGUCCAGAUUGUCCAGACAAGACUCCAGCCAGAAUGAUUCUCUCAGCGACCAAGAAGAGCCCCGUGCGGGAUUCUCCGUGCCGUCCGUAUCGGCGCACGCCGGGGACGCGGACUCGCCCCCGCAGGACUCCAAGUUCUCCAUGUACAACAGCGUGUCCCAGAAGCUCAUGGCCAAGAUGGGCUUCCGCCAGGGCGAGGGCCUGGGCAAAUUCGGCCAGGGCCGUAAGGAGAUUGUGGAGGCGUCCACCCAGCGGGGGAGGCGCGGUCUCGGCCUAACGCUGCGGGGCUUCCAGGGGGAGCUCAAUGUGGACUGGCGGGAUGAACCCGAGCCCGACGCCACGGAGAAAGUGGACUGGUUCCCCGAAUGCACCACGGAAAUUCCCGAUGCGGAUGAGUUGAGGGACUGGAUGGCGGUGGGACCGAAAAAAAUGAAGAUUGAAGACGAGACCCAGUUUUGCAGCGAAGACCUCUUGCACACGCUUCUCAGGUGCAAGACGGUGUUUGACGAUCUGGAGGGCGAGGAGAUGAGGAGAGCGCGCACUCGCUCCAACCCCUACGAGACCAUCCGGGGAGGCGUCUUCCUCAACAGAGCGGCUAUGAAAAUGGCCAACAUCGACUACUGCUUCGAGCACAUGUUGACCGACCCGAAAGGUCCCGACGGGAAGUCUCUGACCCACGACAACGGCAACGAGCUUCUGUACUUCGGCGACGUGUGCGCCGGGCCCGGCGGCUUUUCCGAGUACAUCCUGUGGAGGAGACGCUGGCACGCCAAAGGCUUCGGCAUGACGCUGAAGGGGCCCUGCGACUUCAAACUGGAAGACUUCUACGCCGCGCCCAGCGAGCUCUUUGAGCCCUACUAUGGUGAAGGCGGCGUGGACGGCGACGGCGACAUCACCCGGCCGGAGAACGUGACGGCCUUCCGCAACUUUGUGCUGGACAGCACCGAGGGGCGGGGCCUGCAUUUCCUCAUGGCGGACGGGGGAUUCUCUGUGGAAGGCCAGGAGAACCUUCAGGAGAUCCUGACCAAACAGCUGCUCCUCUGCCAGUUCCUCACCGCUCUCUCUACACUCAGGACAGGCGGCCAUUUUGUCUGCAAGACCUUUGACCUCUUCACGCCUUUCAGCGUAGGCUUGGUCUACCUACUGUACCUCUGCUUUGACCGAAUCACGCUCUUCAAACCCGUGACCAGUCGGCCCGCUAACUCUGAGAGGUACGUGGUGUGCCGAGGUCUGAAGCCCGGUUCGGAGGCCGUCAGGGAGUACUUGUUCCGAGUCAACCUGAAACUCAAGCAGCUGCGCGACACCGAGCUGGACGUGACCGACGUGGUUCCCCUCGCCAUCGUCAAGGAGGACGCCGACUUCUACCACUUCAUGGUCAACUCCAACGAGAGCCUGUGCGCCGUCCAGAUCAAAGCCCUGGCCAAGAUCCACGCCUUCGUUUUGGACCCGGCGCUGGCCGAGUCCCGGCAAGCCGACCUCCGCAAGCAGUGUCUCAAGUUGUGGGGGGUGCCCGACAAGGCCAGGGUGACGCCGGCCUCCUCGGAUGCCAGGACCAAAUUCUACCAACUGAUCAAGAACCCCGACGCGGAGUCGUUCCAUAGCAGCCCGACGGCGCUCAACCCGGCCACGCUCAAGAAGCUGCGCCAGGUCCUGGACCACCGUUGCAUCGUGGGAGGCGGCGAACAGAUCUUCCUUCUGGCGCUGGGCAAGUCCCAGAUCUACACGUGGGACGGGAAGAUGCCUUUGCGCUGGAGGAAGCUUGAGAACUUCAAGCUGGAGCUCCCCAGAGAUUCCCUGCUGAGCGCCGAGAUCGUGCAGGAGCUGAAGGGCGAGGGCAAAGCGCAGCGGCGAAUCAACGCCGUGCACGUGAUGGACGCGCUCGUCCUCAACGGCACCGACGUCCGAGAUCAGCACUUCAACAGACGGAUCGAGAUGGCCGAAAAGUUUGUGAAGGCGGUGGCCAAGCCCAGCAGACCUGACAUGAACCCCAUCAGGGUGAAGGAGGUCUACAGGCUGGAGGAAAUGGAGAGGAUUUUUGUCCGGCUGGAAAUGAAGGUGACCAAGAGUUCGGGCGGGGUCCCGCGUCUGUCUUACACCGGCCGAGACGACCGCCACUUCCUUCCCACCGGGCUCUACGUCAUCAAGACCACCAACGAGCCGUGGAUGAUGUCCUCCAGCAAAAUUACAAACAGGAAGUUCUUCUUUAACAAGAGCACCAAUAAGUCCAGCUACGACACGCCGGGCGACGCCGCCUCGCCCUUCCGCGUGUGCCACGCCGGGCGUCUCUUCUGGGCCUGGGAGGACGGCGUCAUUGUGCACGACUCUCAGACGCGCGUGGACCCCGACAAGCUGUCCAAAGACGACGUGCUGGCCUUUGUUCAACGCAACCGCCAGCGAUGACGCGCUGGAGCGGCCAUCUCGCUCGCCAAGGCCGUAUGUCCCUCUUCCUCAAGCAGCUCUUUCUUUCAGUUCACACUAAGCGCACGAUGAAUGAUCCGAGAGCGCCAGAUCCUUUUGCGAAGCCUGUCGGUGGCUCUCGUCUUAGCGGGUCAAACAAAGAACUCUGUUGUCGUCGGUUACCUUUUCCCUCUGGCUGAGCCGAAAUGGUUUGCGACUGUCAACAAUUUCAAGAGCUGCUUGUUAUCUAUGGGCUCUUUGUAUAUGACGCGUGUGAAAAAGCGGCUCGCUGACUCCUCAUGCCGCUAUUGUCCAUUUUUGCGCCUUUUCAUCCAUCCGAAUCGGGUCAAAGUUGUGUAUUUUAGCCUGCCCAAACUUAUGGACAUUGGAAAUGACUUUUAGAAAGCGUACUCAAAGGGAGAAAACCCACCGGUGAUUUGAUUUUCAUUUUAAUAUUAAAAAUGCCAAAAUGGAUGUU